AUGGCUUCGAACACUACUUUCCUCUUCUCCACCGUCACACUUCUCAUCAUCCUCCUAAACACCACCGUCUCCGGUAGAGAUCUCCCAGCGGAGUCAUCAACCAACAUAGCUGCGAGGCUCCAAAGUGGAGGACUGAUGGAAUGCUGGAACGCAUUAUACGAGCUGAAAUCAUGCACCAACGAGAUCGUUCUCUUCUUCCUCAACGGUGAAACAAAACUUGGUGUUAGUUGUUGCGAAUCCGUAGACAUCAUCACCACCAAUUGCUGGCCGGCGAUGCUCACUUCUCUCGGAUUUACGCCUGAGGAAGCUAAUGUCCUUCGUGGCUUUUGUCAGAAUCCAAACUCCGGCGACUCUUCUCCGGCUCCGUCUCCCAAAAUAGUUUGA